AUGGCCGCCUCCAAGACCUCCUUCGACACCGCCUCCGCCUACUCCGUCUCCUCCACUGCGACAACCCUCAAGGGCGACGCAUCAAAGAAGAAGAAGUGGUUCUCGCUGAAGAAGAGCGACGAAUGCACCAAAUCUAUGCCCAAAUACAAGCCUGCCGAGCGGACCGCUGAACGGGCUCUGCACAACGAGGCCGUGCUCGCAUACCUCUCCAACCGGUGA